ACACUCAAACUCGUUUACUUCCGUAGUCAACGAAUCAGAAGCGGAAGUACACACGAGCCCCAGACUGUUGUUGUGGUAGUGUGCUUAAGUACGAGCAGAAUGGCGGAAGAAGAGGACGAGACUGGCUUCGACGAAGAGCUGGAGGAAGGAACCAGCGGAGUAGAUGUCGGCCACGGGAAGAGAAAGCGACUCUUCUCCAAGGAGCUCCGAUGUAUGAUGUACGGGUUUGGGGACGACCAGAACCCCUACACGGAGUCUGUGGACAUACUCGAGGACCUGGUGAUCGAGUUUAUCACGGAAAUGACCCACAAAGCCAUGUCUAUCGGACGCCAGGGCCGCGUCCAGGUGGAGGACAUAGUUUUCCUAAUUCGUAAAGACCCCAGGAAGUUUGCCAGAGUCAAAGACCUGCUGACUAUGAACGAAGAGCUGAAGAGAGCUCGGAAAGCUUUCGAUGAAGCAAAUUAUGGCUCUUAAAAUCACACAAGGAAACGUUUCCAACACCUUUAGUGGAUCAUUUCUUUAUAUUCUUUACAUUUAAGUUCAUUUGGUUGUCUGUGUUUUGUUAUUUACAGUUGAAUAUUGACCAAGCUCUGUAUGUCAAAAUGGAAUGGAUCCUUAACACCAUGUCAAAUAAAGCAGCUUACAUUUUGUUUUUUAAGUUCAUUGCCAUGAUACAACACCAAUGAAAGAGCAUUUUUCUUUAGGCAUGGGUAAAAACCUUCACAAACCAAAAAACUGAAUAUGUAAAAUGAUGCUGUUUUGAUGCACUUAAAAUGAGGUUUGAUAGCCAACAAACUUACAUCUGUAGUGCUUUACAAUAUGCAUAAUGUCACCAUGUUUCUAGGAGGUGUAGGUAGGUGUAAAGCUGCAGCAUCCUUUUAUAUUGGCACUGGCAAUGUUAAAAUAAAAAGUUUCCCUUUUUGUUUGAGAGACAAAAAUGAAUAAAGAUCCAUCUCCACUG